CAAUUUUAACAGACUUUAGUCGGGCAGAGAUAGACAGCCAGAAGUUUAAUCAAUCCUGACAAAUUUCAAGAAAAUAAAGCGAAGCUGUGAAUUUGAUUAUUUAAAAUUUGAUUCUAAUCUGUUUUUACUAUUCUACGCAAUGAGUUAUCAGCUAUACAGAAACACUACACUUGGCCAUACUUUGCAGGAAUCACUGGAUGAGCUAAUUCAAUGUGGACAAAUAACUCAUCAGUUGGCCUUAAAAAUACUCCUGCAAUUUGAUAAAGUGAUCAAUACUGCAUUGGCGCAAAAAGUGAAGUCCAGGUUGACUUUUAAGGCUGGUCAUCUGGAAACUUACAGGUUUUGUGAUAAUGUUUGGACUUUUGUCUUAAAAGAUGUGGAAUUUCGUGAGGUCCAGGAAUUGAUUAGAGUUGAUAAAGUCAAAAUAGUUGCCUGUGAUGGAAAAGAGGAAAAGAAGACUUAAAUCUUGGAAUUGUAAAUUCUUCUAUUUGUUGUGUAUGUCUGUAUUGUCAAAAGCAAUUUGUAAAAAAACUCUCUUUUAUGUUUAAAUAAAACUCUUAAUGUGUAAAAAUCA